GGUCGGAAGAUGGGAAUUAGAGAUGAGAUUUUUGAAGCUCUCCCUUGUCCUAUCUCUCUCCUCCCCUCCCCCCUUUCUCUCGGCAGAGUGUGAUGCCAUUGCACCAUGCUAUACAAGAACCAGAUCCACGUGGCUGUCUAUUCGGUGGCGUUACUAACGGGGCUGCCCUUUAACCUGCUGGCUCUGGCUGCCUUCCUCCACAAGGCCCGUCGCAGCCAGGUAGGCCCCAACCUGGUCUUCCUCAUCAACCUCACCAUCUCCGACCUGGCUUUCCUGCUCUUCCUGCCGUUCAAGAUCCUAGAGGCAGCAGCCGGGAGCCGUUGGGUUCUCCCGCCGUUCCUCUGCCCGCUGAGCGGCCUCUUCUAUUUCAGCGCCAUCUACAGCAGCAGUCUCUUCCUCACCGCCGUGGCAGUGGAGCGGUACCUGGGCGUGGCGUAUCCCUUGCGCUACAAGAUGUGCCGCCGUCCGGCGCGGGCCAUCGUGGUCAGCUUGCUGCUGUGGGUGUGCGCCUUCUCCCACUGCAGUAUCGUGUACGUGACUGAGUACCGGCGCGGAGCGGCGGGGAGCGUGAAUAACGGGACUGCGCCCGGCGAUAACGUCACCGGCGAGCCCGCCACCGUGUGCUACGAUAAGUUCAGCGAGGAACAGCUACACGUGUUACUCCCCGUGCGUUUGGAGUUGGGCAUUGUCCUCUUCUGCUUACCACUGUUGGUCACCACUUUCUGCUAUGCCAGUUUCGCGCACAUCCUCCUCUCGUCUCCGCACAUCAGUCGCAGCAAGAAGGUGCGUGCGGUCGGGCUGGUCCUCACCACGCUCCUCGUCUUCCUCCUCUGUUUCGGCCCCUACAACGUCUCCCAUUUCGUGGGCUACGUGGAGAAACGCUCGCCAAAAUGGCGGGGAGACGCCCUCCUCUUCAGCACGUUCAACACCAGCCUGGACCCCGUCAUCUUCUACUUCUCGUCCACCGCGGUUAAACGGGCGUGUCGGCGGGCGCUCGCUGCUCUGUGCCCGUUACUGGGCCGCAGUGGCCCCCGGACCCGGCGUCAAGGAGUGAAAUUAGACCGGGUUGGACCGAGUUAUUCAACAUUUGAGUCAUCUGAAGGCUUUGAGCAUGGCCCUGCCGCCGCGUGGGAUUGUGGGGGCUGUAGUCCGGCGCCGCCCGCGCUCGCCUGGGCAGCGACGCGAGGCGGAAGUCGGCGGAACUACAACUCCCGGCGGCGGGGUCACCGAUUUUUAAAAUCGAUUUAUUUCGGGUUGCGGCGGCCGAUUGCAACCGGGGAAACGGCGGGGGCGAUUAAAUGCAGCGAGGCGCGUGUUACCCCGGGUUUAAAUCGCAUGCAACGGGCCCCGGGAGGUUGCAAUCGCCGUUAA